AUGCAACUAGACAGUGUUAGUGGAAGCUUGCAAGCGUCGCCAGUAGUAGCGUCAAAUGUGCUUGGGCCCAGCCUGGCUCUAAAAGAGCGCCCGCCGGCUGGUCCAGAAGGGCUAGACGCUCGGCUCCGGCCGGAGGGUGGAAAAGCCUUGCACUUUUUAAGAGAAAACGCGCUUCGAGUCACCGUGGCAUGCUUUUUUGUUGUGCUGGGAAUAACCUUCUACCUUUUCAUGACGGCCAAGCACAUAGGCGUGUUCCCCACGCAGUCUGCGUGCAUAUGCUGCGUUAUUGCGUGCCUGGCCAGCAUUUUCUGGUCUUUCCACAUACUUCCCCUUGACGUGACCGCGCUCCUUCUGAUCCCCGUGGUGGUCGCAUCCAACACGCUGGCGCCAGGCAUGCUGGCGAGUUCUCUGGUUGUUCUCCGCAUCCUAGUGUCUCCAGUGGUCCUUCUUCUAAUGGGCAGCUGCCUUCUUUCCGUGUACUUUGAAAGCAACGGGGGCGCCAGGCUGGUUCUCCCAUACCUGAUUUCCAGCAGCGGGCCGCAGUCAACGCUGUUCAAGAGCAUGCUUCUGUCGCUGACGCUUUCCUCUGUAAUGUCCAACGUAACCGCGCCCAUAAUAAUCAUGUCUGUGCUGCAGAGCACCAUGAAGGUGCCAGACCCCUCGGUUGUGAUGGGCAUUGCAAUGGCCUCAAACAUUGGAGGGAUGAUUCUGCCAAUAAGCAGCCCGCAGUCGAUUUUGGGCGCGGCCAUUAUAAAAGUGUCCUGGGCGCGGUGGCUCUUCAUCUCUGUCCCCACCGCCGCCGCGUGCUUUGCCUUUGUGUACACGCUAAUAGUCAGCUACUUCCCGAAAAAGCAAGAAGGCUCCGGCACGCCUGUUGUUAUGCACGAGCAGGGCGCCUCAAACAAAAAGCUGAUAGUUGUCACCGCAAUGUGCAUUCUGUGCUGGGCCAUUCCCUCCCUGUACCGGAAGCUGCAGUGGGUGUACGCCCUGCCGGUGUGCGCUCUUCUAAUAGCAAAGAGCGCCCGCAAGGCGUGCAACCGCAAAACCCUGGAGGUGCUGUCUAUUGCAGUUGCCGGGACUUCCAUAGGGAAAGGCAUAGAAAGAACAAAAAUGCUGGAGGGGAUGAUUUCCAGGCUUUUGAUUGGCAGCAAGGAAAGAAGCCUGCUUUUUCUGGUGAUCGGAACCUCUUUUAUCAUGCUUUUUGUUUCCUGCAUAGUGUGCCACACAGUCAGCGCCGUUGUUCUCCUGCCUAUUUUUGAAAAAAUAGGGAUGUUUAUAGGCCGGGAAAAAAUAAUCGUUGGCGUGGCCUCUCUUGUCUGCUCGUGCGGCAUGGCCUUCCCCUCAAGCGGAUUCCCAAACAUCAUUUCCAGCUCGGCCAAGUCUCCAAGCGGGAAAAGGCUGAUCGACCUCAAAACCUUCAUUUUUGUGGGCAGCGUCUCAACAAUCGGGUGCUGGAUCUUUAUUUUGACGGUGUCCCUCACGUUUAUGACGCUGGCAAACUUUUAA